AUGGACGAAAAAGGGGAAGACUCUUGGUUUUGUGAGGGAGAAAUUGUGUUAGGAUCUUCGUGCAUUCAAAGAAGAAUAAUAGAUGUCUUGAAUUUGCUAUUUUUAUUGGGUUUCUCUCUGCUUUUUAUUGUAAGUUUUAUUAGGAAACAUAAUAUCAGUGGGCAGAGAAGAAGGGACUGGGUUUUCUUAGCUGUUUCAGUUUGUUGUGGUACUAUUGGCAUUGCAUAUUUUAGCUUUUGUUUAUGGGAUUUAGUGGACAGAAGUCAUGAAAUUAGGCAUUUGAGAUGGUUGGUUUACUUUGUGAGGGGGCUGGUUUCGAUAGCUUUGACAGUUUCCUUGAUUGUUCCAUGGACCAAAUUGAUGCGAAUUCUUAUUUUAAUCUGGUGGGUCUCCUUCCCUUUACUGGCCUCUGCACUGAAUGUUCUAAUGUUAGUGAACUCACAGAACAUUCAAAUCCUAGAACUAGUUUCAUGGCCUUGCACAUUGUUGCUUCUGGUUUGUGCUUUCAAAGUGUUGAGACAGAGAGUUUCUCCAAACACCCAUCGCCAGAGUAUGUCCGAACCUUUAUUGGUCGGAAAAAGUGACAAACACCAAACAGGACUAAGCCAGACUAGUUUCAUUAGCCAACUAACAUUCUCUUGGCUUCAGCCCUUACUGAGUUUGGGUUACUCAAAACCACUAGUUCUUGAUGAUAUCCCUGCUCUAGUUUCUGAUGAUGAAGCCCUCUUAGCUUACCAGUCAUUUUCUCAAUCAUGGGAUCAUCUCUGCAGAGAGAACACCUCAACAGACACCAGUAACUUGGUUCUCCGAGCUUUGGUUAAACUUUAUUUCAAAGAAAUGCUAAUAGUAGGAUUUUAUGCACUCCUUAGGACUGUUGCAGUUGUAGUUGCUCCAUUAUUAGUCUAUUCCUUCCUUCAGUAUUCUACCCAUGAGGUCAAAACUGUGCAUCAUGGAAUCUUUCUGGUAGGAUGCCUAGUUGUGAUCAAGUUUGUUGAGUCUUUGUCUCAGAGGCAUUGGUUCUUUAAUGCAAGGAGAUAUGGAAUGAGGAUGAGAUCAGCAUUAAUGGCUGCCAUAUACCAAAAAGAGCUCAGACUUUCUAGUGUAGGUAGGAGCAGACACUCGACAGGGGAGAUUGUGAAUUACAUAGGGGUUGAUGCUUAUCACAUGGGUGAAUUCCCAUGGUGGUUUCAUUCAACAUGGACUUAUUUUCUUCAGAUGAUUCUUUCUAUGGGUGUACUCUUUGGGAUUGUUGGUAUAGGAGCUCUUCCUAGUUUGGUCCCCCUUUUCAUCUGUGGUCUUCUAAAUAUUCCCUUUGCGAAGACCAUUCAGAAUUCUCAGCAUCGAUUCAUGGAGGCGCAAGAUGAGCGACUCAGGGCUACUUCUGAGGUCCUAAAAAACAUGAAAAUCAUCAAGUUACAGUCAUGGGAGGAAAAGUUCAAGAACUUAAUCGAGUCGCUCCGCGAUGUAGAACUCAAAUGGUUAGGUGAAUCUCAAAUCAUGAAGGCCUAUGGCAGUAUACUGUACUGGGUGUCUCCUAACUUAAUCUCUUCAGUUUUGUUUAUGGGGUGCGCCCUUUGGAAAAGUGCCCCUCUGAAUGCCAUGACUAUCUUCACUGUCCUUGCAACACUGAGGAGCUUGUCAGAGCCUGUGAAAAUGAUUCCUGAGGCUCUUUCUGUGAUGAUUCAUUCCAAGGUCUCACUGGACCGCCUUAAUGUGUUUUUAAUGGAAACUGAACUCAAGGAUGAAGGUAUGAGGAGGAACCAAACACAGAAUUCAGUGACCAGUGUAAGAAUACAGGAUGGUUCUUUCAGUUGGGACCCAGACGCAGCUGUUCCAACACUGAGAGGUGUAGAUUUGGAAGUAAGAAGGGGACAGAAAAUUGCUGUAUGCGGGCCAGUUGGAGCUGGGAAGUCCUCUCUCUUGUAUGCCAUACUUGGAGAAAUACCCAAAAUCUCAGGAUCUGUUGAUGUAUCUGGGACCAUUGCCUAUGUCUCUCAAACAUCUUGGAUUCAAAGUGGGACAGUUCGUGAUAAUGUGCUCUAUGGAAAGCCAAUGGACAAGACUAGAUAUGAGAAGGCCAUAAAAGCAUGUGCACUGGAUAAGGACAUCAAUAGUUUUGACCAUGGUGACCUUACAGAAAUUGGUCAAAGAGGACUCAACAUGAGUGGGGGACAGAAACAGAGGAUUCAACUUGCUAGAGCAGUAUACAAUGAUGCAGAUAUUUAUCUACUUGAUGAUCCAUUUAGUGCUGUUGAUGCACAUACAGCAGCCACCCUUUUCAAUGAUUGUGUCAUGGCUGCACUGGAAAAGAAAACUGUCAUUCUAGUGACUCAUCAAGUUGAGUUUCUUGCGGAUGCUGAUCGGAUUGUGGUCAUGGAAGGUGGGCAACUCACUCAAUCAGGAACCUAUGAGGAACUCCUCACAGCUGGGCAAGCAUUUCAACAGCUCGUGAAAGCUCACAAGAUUGCAAUGUCAUCGGUGGAUCCUGCAAAUAGUGGUCAUUCGGGUGAAUCUGAAAAGGUGGACACAAUUCAACUUGAUGAUUCCUCUGGAUCCCAUACCAAGAAAGAGAGUGGCGAAGGGAAGAUUUCUGCCAAGGGUCUGCCCGGAACCCAGCUAACAGAAGAUGAGGAGAAAGAGAUUGGAGAUGUUGGAUGGAAGCAGUUCUUGGAUUACAUAAUUGUCUCAAAAGGAUCAUUUCUUCUUGGUUUAUCUUUGUUUGGUCAGAUUGCUUUUACCCUAGUUCAGGCUUCCUCAAACAUUUGGCUAGCUAUAGCUUCUGGAAUUCCUCAAAUCAACGAUACCAUCUUAAUUGGAGUUUACGCUGGGAUGUCAACCUUCAGCGCCACCUGUGCAUAUCUGAGGUCCUUUUUCUCAGCCCAUCUAGGAUUAAAGGCUUCAAAAGCCUUCUUUUCAGGUUUUACAAAUUCAGUGUUCAAAGCUCCAAUGUUCUUCUUUGACUCAACUCCCAUUGGUAGAAUUUUAACCCGGGCUUCAUCAGAUAUGAGAGUUUUGGAUUUUGACAUAGCUUUCUCCAUUGCCUUAACACUUUCGUGUGGAAUUGACACUCUAUCCAUCAUAUGCAUCAUGGCCUCCAUCACAUGGCCAGUUCUAUUUGUAGCAAUUCCAGCCAUGUUAUCCACACACUACAUUCAGAGAUACUACCUAGCCUCUGCAAGAGAGCUAAUAAGAAUUAAUGGAACAACCAAAGCACCUGUUAUGAAUUAUGCAGCUGAGACAUCACUUGGUGUAGUCACAAUAAGAGCUUUCGACAUGAAAGAUAGGUUCUUCCAAAAAUACUUAAAGCUCAUUGACACAGAUGCAAGUCUCUUUUUUCAUUGUAAUGCUGCUUUGGAGUGGUUAGUGAUAAGAGUGGAAGGACUCCAAAUUCUGACCUUUAUCACCUGUGCCCUUCUCCUUGUUUUUCUCCCUCAAGGAAAUGCUUCUCCAGGAUUUGUGGGCCUUUCUCUUUCUUAUGCUCUCAUACUUACUACCACGCAAGUCGUAUUCACUAGAUGGUACUGCAACUUAGCCAACUAUAUUGUUUCUGUUGAAAGAAUAAAACAAUUCAUGUAUAUACCACCAGAACCUCCGGCAAUUGUGGAGGAUAAAAGACCACCUCUCUCAUGGCCAUCCAGGGGAAGGAUAGAUUUGCAGGAUCUAAAGAUAAGAUAUCGUCCAAAUGCACCACUUGUUCUCAAGGGAAUUACUUGCACUUUCAAAGAAGGGACUAGAGUUGGAGUUGUUGGAAGAACUGGAAGUGGCAAGAGUACACUGAUUACUGCUUUGUUCCGUUUAGUUGAACCAGAAAGCGGGAGAAUUCUUAUAGAUGGACUAGACAUUUGUUCCAUUGGUCUGAGGGACCUGAGAAUGAAACUCAGCAUCAUCCCUCAAGAGCCAACUCUUUUCAGGGGUAGCAUUCGGACCAACUUGGAUCCUCUAGGCCUCUACACUGACAAUGAAAUAUGGGAGGCUAUAGAGAAGUGCCAACUAAAAGCCACCAUAUCUAGUCUUCCAAAACUUUUGGAUUCAUCUGUGAGUGACGAAGGUGAAAAUUGGAGUGCUGGGCAGCGCCAACUUUUCUGCCUUGGACGAGUCCUUCUUAGGAGAAAUAGAAUCCUUGUUCUAGAUGAAGCAACUGCAUCCAUCGACUCUGCAACUGAUGCCAUCCUACAGAGAGUAAUCAGGCAAGAAUUCUCCGGCUGUACAGUGAUAACCGUAGCCCACAGAGUUCCCACAGUUACAGAUAGUGACAUGGUCAUGGUCCUCUCUUAUGGGAAACUCGUGGAGUAUGAUGAACCUUCAGUUCUCAUGCAAGUUAACUCCUCCUUCUCUAAGCUUGUGGCUGAAUACUGGUCCAGCUGCAGGAAGAAUUCUAUGCAGAGCCUCUAAUUACUAAUAAAAUAAGAAGCUAGAGCUCCGGAGAGAGGCUCUAUAACUAUAAUGCCUUCGGCAUUUAAACCCAUCAAUACAGUGGCAUUGGAAUUGGAAUUGAGUAGUAUAUAUCGUUUAUCCACUUUCUCUUAAAAUUGAACAUCAUGUUCAUCCAAAACUCCAAACUUGUAUAAACAGAUUCAGUAUUAAAUGUUAAGAUCCACAAAGCG